AUGCAUUCUCUUCUCGACGAUCACAACUCAUCUGACAUCGACGUUUCCAACGCAAGUCCAAACGCAUCCAUCCAGCGAAUCAGUCAUAUCGUCACAAGUACACCACAUCAAGCGAACAAACCACGAGUGAACUUUCAUUCAGUUGAAUCGUUAGCUAUCUCAUCUUCGGUGAAUACCUCUUCUUCCUUUUCCCUUCAACCACCCGAUGAUACUGGUUACAACUCACUGAAUUCAUCAGCAUCGAUCAAUGAACAUCAGUCAUCGAUCACAAUAUCGACAAGUGAAAGAAAGUCACGGCGAAAGUUAAGUGACUGGCAAAUCUGGCAUCUUCGUCAAGUUUACUCAACAAAUCGAUAUCCAACACCGUGUGAACAAGAACAGCUAGCUCAACAACUUCUAUUGCCUUUAUCGUCGAUCCGUAUUUGGUUUCAGAACUAUCGUGCACGAUCUGGAAGAAACUUGUAA